UCUAAUUUCAGUUCCUUGGUGGUCGGGUAAUGUGGCGUGGUAAUAAGGCCAGGUACGGUUACACGCGGCUGCCAAAGAAGCUGCCGCUUUCAUGAAUAAUUAAGAGAAGGUCGCGGCUACCUGUUCUUACCGGCGCGUUUGAGCUGGCUCAGCGAAGAGAACGGAGGAAGAGUGCGGAGAAACAUGGACCUGUCGGUCCUGCCGAACAAUAACCACCCGGAGAAGUUCCUCCAGCUGGACGUGAACACGCUGCCGGCCAGCCACGGGAUGUUCGACCGCGUGGGGUUCGCCGCGGGAGCGGCAUUGUCCGGGCAACGGCAGUGGCAGAACAGAGUCUACUCACAGCGGGAGGACAGCGCUGUGAACGUGCGAAGCUUGUCCGCGGGGGGUAGCCCCGCGUUUACGGACCGGGUCCUGGAGAAGCACAUCACGCCGGUCACUCUCAAGACCAAAAUCAAGACCAACCCCCUCUACUCCGACCCCAGGGCUGACCGGGACGAGUGGGAGAGCAGGACGCCCAAACCGUCCUGGACCAUCCAGGAUUUCGACAGGCACUCGACGCAACCCGACCUGGCGGGCUAUUUAAAGGAGGAUCCCGGGGAUCUGAGCUUCUGGCUGGAGGAUCUGUACACCCCCGGCUACGACUCCCUUCUGAAGAAGACGGAAGCGGAGCAAAAGAGGAACAAAGUUUGCAAAAUAGUGACUCUGGUUGUUGUGUCCCUGUGCGUCCUCGUUGUGGUCAUCACGGUGCCAAUAGUGGUCACACGGUGAUUAAUGCCAGGAUGCCAACGAACUGAAGCUGCCACCCUGUGGGGUUUUUCCACAAAGACAAUGAUUUAUUCUGUUCGAAAAGAGAGAGAUUUAUUUU